AGUUUGUCUUGGGUCAUGAUGACUCAUGCCAAUGGCCGCGAGGCUGUAGCCUGUAGGCUGUCGCCUGUUCCGCAUCAGCGCAAUGCCGCGAUGUGCCAAAGGCGCUGGUCCGGCGUGUGAGGAUGGGUGGCAAGAAGAAGGGCAAGAAGGGCAAGAAAGGGGGCCGCAAGGAGGAGGACAAGGAGGCGGCGGACUGCCUGUUUGAGCAGCAGGAGGAGGUCACGGCGCUGGCGGCCAUCUUUGGGGACGAGUUCCGCCUCAUCUCGCAGGAGCCCUUCAUUGAAUACGCUAUCACCAUCCUGCCGCACACUGCUCCGGAUGGCGCCACAGAAGAACCGCUUGCGGUGGAGCUGCAAGUGCGCUACGUUGCGUCGUACCCCCACCGGCCGCCCAAGCUGCGCGUGGUGCCCCAGGGCGGCCUGGACGAGGCGGAGGUGCACCACCUGUCGGACAUGCUGCAGGAGCAGGCGGCCGCCAUUGCGCGGGAGGGGCGUGUCAUGAUCUUCAACCUGGCGGAGGCAGCACGCGAGUUCCUCUCCACUCACACGCCGGGCCCGUCCCUCAGCCUGUGGGACCAGAUGCAGGAGAGGGAGGAAGGGGCUGAUGGAGCGGAGCAGGCGCGCGAGGGGCUCCCCGGCAGCGGGAUUGCAUGGAACGGUGGCGAUGGGUAUCACGACAGCGUGGACGCAGGGUUGUUCACAGACUGGCUGACGGAGGGGGACGCUCAGUGGGGUGGCGCGCUGGACAGCAAUCUUGUGCCGCUCAAGCGGCCGCAGAGCGGGGGGGCCGGGCGACGGGCGCGGGAAAGCAACCAGGGGAAGCACGGGACUGACAAGACGCAGGCACUGGUCAAGGCAGGGCCGGCCAGGGGCACGAAAGUGGCCCCUGCUGUGACCAAGAAAGCUGAGCUGGCAGCUGUGCAGAAGGGGGAGGGUGGGCAUGGCCGGCGCUCGAGCUGGGGUUGGGGCAGCGAGCAAGAUGACAGCGCCAGCGGGGAGGGGGGCUCCGCGGACGCAGCCAUGCCAGGCAGCAGGCUGGGCCGCAGCUCAGUGACGGAGCUGCUGGCAAACGUGCGCCAUGGCCUGGCUCGAGUGGGCAACGCGGUGCGCCUCACGUUGCCCGACUGGAGCAGGGGGGGCACGCCCCGCGCGCUGCCAGCGGGCGAUGCCUCCGAUGGCUCUGACAGCGACGAAGGCGGCGGGGCCAUGCCUGCGCGGAGCAGGGACGUGGGUGCGCCCGGCCGCUCGAAGAAGCCUCCUGUUGGUGACGGGCCGCGGCAGCGGCGGCAGGAGGCUGUUGCCACGGCGGCCAUCCGCAAGGACCUGCUGGUGGGCCACAUGCUGCGCCUGCUGUGCGGGCCACGCGGACCGCUCCCGCAUGCCCUCCCCGCACUGACGGCGCAACUGGCGCGGAUUGGGAUGCUGCCCAGCUGGGCCCGCGACCUUGUGGCGCACCAGCCGGCGCUGUUCGACAAGGCCUUCCGCUCCAUGUUCGGUAAGAUCGCGCACGAGGCGGAGGCGCGCAGCGAGCCAGCCACGCGCUGGGCAGUGGCCAAGUUCUGGGGGGGCGGAGGAGAGCAGGCGGACGAGGGCGGGCAGGAGGGGGGGGCGAGCUCGUCGCGGUACCUGGCGGACUUCCAGGAGGUGUCCAUGCUGGGUCGUGGUGGGUUUGGCGCAGUGAUGCUGUGCAUCAACAAGCUGGACGGGCGGCGGUAUGCCAUCAAGAAGAUUCGGCUGCGCAGCCGCAGUGCGGCGACGCACUCGCGCAUCCUGCGCGAGGUGGCCACCCUCUCGCGCCUGCAGCACCAGAAUGUUGUGCGCUACUAUCAGGCGUGGUUCGAGACCGGGGUGGGCACGCUGGUGGACGUGGUGGACGGCACGAGCACCACGGCGGGGGAGAGCGGCGGCGACUGGCUGACGGACGGCACGGCCACGCUGGCGGGGCGGCCCAGUACCGGGUCGGGGGAGAGCGGCGACAGCGCCGCGCAGGGGGGGGGCGCCGUGCAGCACCUGUACAUCCAGAUGGAGUACUGCCCGCGCACACUGCGCCAGGUGCUGGACGGGGGCGGCGGUGCGGCGGUGGAGGCGGAGGCGGCGUGGCGCAUGCUGCGGCAGAUCGUGGAGGGCCUGGCGCACAUCCACGGCAACCACGUGCUGCACCGCGACCUCACGCCCAACAACAUCUUCGCCGACCCCACCGGGGUCAUCAAGAUCGGCGACUUUGGCCUCGCCAAGUUCACGGACCUGGACCCGGCGGAGGGCGUGCUGCUAGAGGAGGACGAGGACGAGGGCAACCCCGCGGCCGCAGCAGCGGGACGGCCUGAGUCCGUGGAGGGGACGGGCCAGGUGGGGACGUACCUCUACACCGCACCCGAGAUCGAGCAGGGCUGGCCCAAAAUUGACGAAAAGUGCGACAUGUACAGUCUGGGCAUCGUGGUGCUGGAGCUGUUCCACCCGUUCUCCACCGCCAUGGAGCGCGCCGUGCUGCUCAACGAGCUCAAGCAGAAGGGCGCGCUGCCCCCCGCCUGGGCCGCCGCCCACCCCGGCCCGGCCGCGCUCGUGCGCUGGCUCGUGGCGCCCAACCCCGCGGACCGGCCGUCCGCGCUGGAGGUGCUGCGCAGCGAGCUGCUGCCGCCGCGCAUGGAGGACGAGGCGCUGGACGACGUGCUGCGCGCGCUGCACGCGGGGGGCGACGGCGCCGUGGUGGGGCGCAUCAUGGGGGCCGUCCUCGAUGACGAGCGGCUGGCGGCGCAGGCGGAGGGCCUGCAGGCGGGGGGGCUCAGCCUGGAGCGGCCGCUGCUGGCGGGGGGCGCCACUGCGCCGGAGUGGGCGCUGCGCGCGAUGAAGGAGGUGUUCCAGCGGCACGGCGCCCACCCGACGGACAGCGCGGCGGUGCACAUGGUGGAAGACCCCGCGCACUGCCACCGCCACGCGGUGCGCCUGGCGGACGCGGGCGGGAACGUGCUGGCGCUCAGGUACGAAACUCGUAUCCCGCUGGCCGUCCACGUGGCGGCCUCGCAGACGACGUCCCUGCGGCGGUACGAGAUUGCACGCGUGUACCGGCGUGGCGUGGGCCGGUCUGCGCCGCGGGAGCUGCUGCAGGCGGACUUCGACAUCGUGGGGGGCAGCGCGCGGCCCGAGAGCCGCACCCUCGCCGAGGCGGAGGCCAUCAAGGUCGCCCUCGAGCUGAUUGCCGAACUGGUGCCGUCCGCUGCCCCCGCCGCCCAGCCGGAGGCGUCGACCUCCGGGGCAUCCUCUGCGGGCGCAACAGGGAGUUCGGGGCUCUCCUGCGAGGUACGGCUGUCGCACCGCGACCUGCUGAGCGCGGUGUGGGCGUGGGCGGGCGUGCCGGCGGCGGACCGGCCAGCAGUGGCACAGCUGAUGGCCCUCAUGGCGGCGUGGCCCCCGCGCACGCCCGCCCGGAAGGCGCAGUGGCCGCUCGUGCGCCGGCAGCUCGCGCAGGGCCUUCGCCUGCCGGAUGCCGCUGUGGAGCGGCUGCAGGCGGUGGAGCGGCGGCUGAGUGGCCCCGCGGAGGAGGCCCUCCCGCGGCUGCGCGGGGCGCUGCCCCCGCUGCGCGCCACCGCGGUGGCCCUGGACGAGCUGGGCAGCCUGGUGCAGCACCUGCGCGUGUGGGGGGUGGCCGACGGGGUUGUGCUGGACGCACUCAUGGCCCCCCACGACGACGCCACCAGCGGCGCCUUCUUCCAGCUGCACCUCGCGCACCACGCCCGCGCCGACGCUGCAGCGGGCACCGCAGGGGGGGAGGGGUCCGUGCGGGGCGGCCAGAGGGCGGGCAGCGGCGGGCACCCCGCGGCCUGUGUUGCGGUGGGUGGCCGCUACGACGCGCUGCUCCGCCGCUUUUGGCCGGAGGCUGCCCCCGUGGCCGCCCCUGGCGCGGUGGGGCUGAGCAUCGGCGUGCAGAAGUUGUUGGCCGCCGCCAGCGCGGGGGCCCCCAGCCCGCGGGAGGUGCUGGUGUGCAGCCGCGGCGGGGGCGGGCUGCUGCGCGAGCGCAUGCAGGUGGCCGCCGAGCUGUGGGCGGGGGGCAUGCGCGCACAGUUCCUGGCGGCAACGGCGCCGAGCCUGACGGAGCAGUACGAGUACGCGCACGAGCACGGCAUCAAGUGGCUCGUGCUCAUCACCGAGGAGAAGCUGUCCGCCGCGGACGCCGUCAAGGUGCGCAACUUGGACGCGAGGACAGAGGAGGAGGUGGCCCGUGCGGACCUCGUCAAGCACUUCUCGGAACCCCAGUUGAACAGAAAGCGCACCUUCCAGUAUAAGCACGCCACUUAGGACGAAGUUGUAGAGCACAGCCGGCAACCGAAAUUGUCGAGGGCUUUGAGCAGAGCUCUACAGAAAUAACCUGUACCUGUAACACAUGCCAGCGAAACUCCUCCAUAGGAUUUGCACUACCAGCAAGAUUCUGGAAAUGUAAGCUCGCUUGACGAGUUCCUAGGUAGUCAGAUUGUUGUGCCCAAGAGGGGGAUAUGCGACCUUGAUAGUAUCUAGGUUUAGAUCUGAGUCUGUAUGCUUACUCGGUCUACGAAGUUCUCUAAAACAGGCUUAAAUUACCAUCAGAAAAAGAAAAGGACAGGUGCACUGUAAAUAGACAGUAAAAUGACGCGACCGAUUGCACAGAUCCUGAAAGUGGUCCAAUUGAUUGCACAGGUUAAGCCCUUCGUGUCACGUACAUAACGAUGGAGUGAACUUGAAUCAACCUUCGAAGCUCAGGCGUCGUCGUUUUCAACGUGCC